GAGGUAAUGCUCGAACUUGGCAUUAUAGUCUACCUCCGAGGUCAAUUAGUUCUUACACAGAAAUGGCAUCUGCCUUUGCCACUAAGUUUUCCAGUAGAAGGUUGAUUAGGAAAACUACUACCGAAUUGAUGCGAGUUAAACAGAGGGACGGAGAGUCUCUAAAGAACUACAUGAGCAGGUUCAAUGAUGCAGUGUUGGAGGUUAAUUCCUUCGACCAAGCUGUGGGCAUUGCAGCUGUAAUCUCUGGUCUCAAACAUGACAGGUUCCGAGACAGUUUGAUCAAACAUGCUGCCACCUCCUUUAGCGAGGUAAACGACAGAUCUCUGAAAUUCAUAACUGCUGAGGAAUACGCUCUGGCGCAAAACCCACCUUCCUCUAAGAACCAGAACCCAGAAUGGAGAGAUGACAAUCCGAGCCGGAAAAGGAUGAGAAUGGCGCAUAACCGAGGUCCGAUGUUGACCUCCCCAACGAGAUUCGGAAGGACGAACUCAACACCUCCGCAACAAUCUCCAGGUAAACCUCCAGUUAAUUGGACUCCCUUUAAUCUGCCGAGGUCACAAAUUUUUAUGCAGAUCAAGAAUAAAAUGGAUUUAAGGCGUCCUGGCCCGAUGAAAACUGCUGCUGCCAGUCGAGACCACACCAGAUAUUGUGAUUUUCAUCAAGAUCACGGCCAUACUACAGAGCAGUACAACAGCUUAAAGUCCGAACUGAAAAGUUUAGUUCAGAAGGGAAUGCUAAAUGAGUAUGUUCAGAUAACUGAACAGCCGAGGUUUAUCAGAGAACAGAGGCCGCAGCCUCAAAGAGUCCGCAAUCCUCCAAAUAGGCAAGGUGUAGGAUAUCAGCAAGCCCCACCUCCACUCCCACCACCAGCUAGAAUAAUACAUAUGAUUACGGGAGGCCUUGAAGCAGGUGGACUGAGCUCUAAGCAGCGAAAGCUGUAUGUCAGGGAGGUUAAACAUCAAAACCAAGCUCAGAAGCAGAAGAUUGACGAUGCUGAGUGGAAAAAUCAACCCAUUACUUUCACGUCUGCUGAUCUUGAUACAGUUGUCACACCCCAUAAUGAUCCCUUGGUCACUUCUGUCAUGAUUAACAACUGUGAAGUACAAUGUGUCCUUGUUGACACCAGGAGUGCACCAGACAUCAUGUACUUCCACUGUUUCGAGAGUCUGGGACUGGAUCUAGCAUUGUUGCAGAAAUAUGAUGGUCCUAUCUAUGGUUUCAACAACCAACCUAUUCCGGUAGAAGGAGUUCUUACUCUACAUGUGGCUUUUGGGAGUGGCAGGACCUAUGUGACCCCGUCGGUCCGUUUCCUCGUAGUAAAGAUGGUGUCCUCUUUCAACAUUGUUAUUGGUCGACCCACACUGACUGAAAUCCGAGCUGUAGUUUCCCAAUCUCACCUCUGCAUGAAGUUCCUAACUCCUAUGGGAAUAGCAACACUGCGAGGAAACCAGGAGGUGGCCAGGCAUUGUUAUAUCACCUCGGUAACGCAACCCAUGAAGGGCAAAGCUCAAACACCCGAGGCCAUUCCUCAGCAAAUUCCUGAUAAUCAGCAAGUUAUGGGUGUUGAGAUCGUAGAUAAUCGACCAGAAGAUGAAACCAGAGCUGCUCCGGUCGAAGAUGUUGAAGAAGCUGGUUUUGUCAAGAAAGUUGAUUACUGUGAAUGGGUGGCUAACCCAGUUCUGGUGAAGAAGGCAAAUGGCAAAUGGCGAAUGUGCAUUGAUUACACAAAUCUUAACAAUGCCUGCCCUAAGGAUUGCUAUCCAAUGCUGAGCAUUGACAAACUAGUUGAAGCAGCUUCAGGCAAUGAGAGGUUAAGCCUCUUGGACGCAUAUUCGGGGUAUCACCAGGUGCCAAUGGCUCCAAAAGACGAAAAGAAAACUGCGUUCUAUGCUGGCGAUGAAAUUUGUUGUUAUGUCAUGAUGCCGUUUGGCUUGAAGAAUGUAGGUGCUACUUAUCAGAAAAUGGUAACCAUUGUCUUCCACGCUCAGAUUGGCAAGAAUCUAGAGGUAUAUGUCGACGACAUUGUGGUAAAGAGCAUAAAAGCAGAAGACCAUCUCUCCGACCUCGACGAAACCUUUAACAACCUUAGAAAGAACAGGAUGCGGUUGAACCCAGCCAAAUGCAUCUUCGGAGUGGAGUCUGGAAAAUUUCUAGGUUUCAUGGUGUCCCGAAGGGGAAUUGAGGUCAAUCCAGAGAAGAUCAGAGCAAUUGCCGAGAUGGAACCGCCUAAAUCAGUGAAGGAUAUACAGAGGCUGACUGAAAGGGUGGCAGCUCUGCAUCGGUUCAUAUCGAAGUCAGCAGAUAAAUGUCUGCCAUUUUUCAAAAUUAUGAGCUCACCGCCUCUGUUGACUAAGGCUGUAGAUGGAGAACUUCUUUACUUGUACUUAGGGAUUUCAGACGAGGCUAUUAGUUCAGUUCUGGUGAGAGAAGAAGCUAGGCAGCAGAAACCAAUUUAUUAUAUCAGCAGCGUGCUGCAUGGAGCAGAAAUGAGGUAUCCUAUAGCUGAGAAAGCAGCAUUAGCAGUCGUCACUUCGGCCAGAAAGUUGAGGCCAUAUUUCCAGUCACACCCAAUUAUAGUUUUCACCGAUCAACCUCUCAUCCAGAUUCUGCAGAAACCAGAGUGCUCUGGAAGAUUAAUUAAGUGGGCAGUAGAACUGGGAGAGUUUGAGAUAACGUUUCAGCAAAGAUCGGCCAUCCGAGCUCAAGCAUUAGCAGAUUUUAUUGUCAAAUGCACUCCAUGUCCUUCAACCUCUAAUCCAGAGUCCAACGAGUGGACCUUAUAUGUUGACGGAGCAUCUAGUAGCAAAGGCUCAGGGGUUGGCGCUCUCUUGAUUGGUCCAGAGGGAUACCGAAGCGAACAUGCCCUGAAGUUCAAUUUCGAUGCAACAAAUAACAUGGCUGAAUAUGAAGCUCUGCUACUUGGUCUAUAGUAUGGGAUCAAGUUGCAGUUCACUUCCGUUUACCAUCCGGAGUCCAAUGGCAUGGUGGAAUCUGUUAACAAAUGCAUUUUGGAAGGAAUAAGGCCGAGAUUGGAGCAGCAUAAGGCCAAGUGGGCAGACGAGCUCAACAACAUCCUCUGGGCAUACAGAACCACGAGCCGAACUGCUACAGGUGAAAUACCUUACCACCUGGCCUUUGGUACCGAAGCAGUUAUUCCUAUUGAAAUAGGAGUCCCAAGCUUCCGGGUCACCCAUUUCGAUGAAGGACGAAAUGGACAACUGCUUCGGGAAAACCUUGAUCUGCUUGCUGAAGUCAGAGAAGAAGCUCGGCUUCGAACUCUCGCAUACAAGCAGAAACUAGCCAACUUCUACAAUAAACGGGUCUGCCCUCGCACAUUCAAAGUAGGAGACCUUGUUCUUAGAAAAGCUGGCCUAACAGGGUUUGAAACUCGUUUUGGCAAACUCGCCCCAAAUUGGGAAGGCCCUUAUGCCGUGGCCGAGGUGCCACAUCCUGGUGCCUAUGUCCUCCAAGACGCUGAAGGAAAGAGAGUUCCUAGAGUCUGGAAUGUCAAUAACUUGAAGAAAUGUUACCCUUAAUAAAAUUCUUUCAAGUGAUCUAUGUCUUACUGUUCUUUACACUUCUCACUUCGUAUUUAUUGAGAUUCAUUUUACCUCUUAUUCUAUGUAUCCGAAGUCAAUCAGUACUUAUAUCUCACUUCUGAUUAAUAAAAGUCACUUCACAUA